CUCUUUUUUCUACCCUUUGCUCUAAACUCCAUUUACACUACUAUAUAUCUUCUCAUCAUCCAGUAGUAUACAUCUUUUUGUGGUUCCUUAAUUUCCUCUGUUGUUAAUUAGUCUAGUUAACGUUCAAUUAAUAAAAGUCCUUGCACUUUCUGAAAUUACAAAGACUUCAAGUGCCUAUCAUAUAUAUUUGCGGAAUAAAAAUAGGUAGAUCAACUUCUGAAACCAUACAUACACUGUCUGGAACAUAUACGUACUUGGAUUGUGUAAAGAGGUUGUUUCCCUUGUUUAUUUAUGCAUAUAGUAGAGUAUAUAAUAUGCGUUGUGAAAUUGCGUGUUUUUUAUAAAAUUGUUCAUGGCGUAUCUGGAUCAUUUGUCACAAGAAAUGGAUAUGCAGCAUUACUCGGAUGAAAAUUCAGCAGUUUUGAGGAGUACUUUACAGGAACAGUCAUCGCCCGACGUCAAACCGCUAGAGCACCACCAGCCACCGACGUGGCUCAACAGCGCAAGUCAGUAUACUGAUGCCGGAGCCGGGGAGAAUUUACAGUCCAACUCAGUGGAAGCCCCAAAUCAGUGGCUUUUACAGAGGAACGUAAGCGAUGUUCAGGCAUCCAAUGAUUCCGAUUUGAACAAGGAUGAGAGUGGGAAUAACAUUGAGAAGGGCAAGUUUGGUGAGACUGAAGUGGUGAAUUGGCAAAAUGCGGGGUAUAAAGCUGAAAUUCUGGCACAUCCAUUGUUUGAGCAGUUGUUGUCAGCUCAUGUGGCCUGCUUACGUAUAGCCACGCCUGUGGAUCAGUUGCCAAGGAUUGAUGCACAGCUGGCACAGUCUCAGCAAGUAGUAGGCAAAUAUUCCGGGCUUGGACAUGGCAAUCUUGCUGAUUAUAAGGAACUUGAUCAGUUUUUGACACAUUACGUCCUGUUGCUUUGUUCUUUUAAAGAAAAACUACAACAACAUGUUCAUGUUCAUGCAAUGGAAGCAGUCAUGUCUUGCUGGGAAAUCGAGCAGUCGUUGCAAAGCUUAACUGGGGUUUCUCCAGGAGAAGGUACAGGUGCUACAAUGUCUGAUGAUGAAGAUGAACAGGUGGAUAGUGAAGCCAAUUUGUUUGAGGGAAGUUUAGAUGGUCAUGAUAGCAUGGGCUUUGGUCCCUUGAUCCCAACAGAGAGUGAGAGGUCACUGAUGGAGCGCGUGAGGCAGGAGUUAAAGCACGAGUUGAAACAGGGUUACAAGGAAAAACUAGUGGACAUUAGGGAGGAAAUUCUUCGAAAGAGAAGGGCAGGAAAACUCCCUGGAGAUACUACCUCUGUCUUGAAAGCUUGGUGGCAGUCACAUUCAAAGUGGCCAUACCCUACUGAGGAAGAUAAGGCAAAACUGGUACAAGAGACUGGCCUUCAACUAAAGCAGAUAAAUAAUUGGUUCAUCAACCAAAGGAAAAGGAACUGGCACAGUAAUCCUUCCUCUUCUACAGUGUUGAAGAGCAAACGCAAAAGGUGAAUCUGAAAAUACUAAUCAUCAUUCAAGGGAAGUUCCAUGGAUGAGUGUGCAGCUCAAUAAGCAUAUGUGAUACUGGUGACACGCUACCAUAUAUAUAUAUAUAUAGAAAGAUUUACUCAUUCAGUUAAAGCAACAAGUCAAGUCAUUUCGCAACUGCACGACAACGACAACUAUUACAGACAAAUCCUACUUAAUCAAGAGACCGAUCCAUAUGACAAUGUGUUGAGGAAAGGCUAGAUAUUUACGUAUAGUCAGAUGGGAGUACGUACGAUGACUAAUAGAAUAUAUAUAUUAGUCAACUAUAGUUUAAUCACAAAUUAGUUGGGAUUUGACUACAUGAAUCAUCUAUAUCAUUUCGUUUGGACUUGAAUGGGCGGAAACGUCGGUGAAUCCAUCAUGCAGCUUGCAGAUAUUGUUACCACAUUAUUGUAUGGGGUUAGAUAUGGGGGUGCACAGUUGAAUAAUCUCGGUUUCAUCAAUUACUUUUCUUGUAGUCAUGUAAGAAUUAAGAUUGACAAAAUGUAGAGGUAUUUUUAGCUCUAUAUUUAGUUUGCUCGUAUUAUGUUAUCGUUUAUAAUGUGAUUAAAAAAUAAAAAAAGAAGAAGAAUAUUGUGGUGGUGUUAUUAUUAUGGAUACAAAUAUUUGC